AUGAUUAGACCUCGACAGCAGAUGCCUUUGAAUAAAGAAGUUCACAUAGUCCCUGAUUCUAAGUAUGAUUACUAGAUACUGCUUCUUAAAAGAAACUCUAAGAUCUCAUUUGGAAAUUUCUUCGCUUUUCCAGGAGGAAUGCUCGAAAAAUAGGAUCUAAAGGAAAAAUGGGAAAAAAGUUUUCCUUCUUUCUAUCAGUAACAUGGAGCACAUGUUUAAGAUUUUGUGAAAAGAAUGUGCUGCUUAAGGGAGUUAUAUGAAGAGACUAAUAUUUUGUUGUCAGAAGAGUAAACAUAAAAUGAACAUGCAAAUAUGACUAAUUAUCUGAAGAAGCAUAAGUCACAUUUUUCAGACUUUUGUAAAGACUAUUCCUAAACUCCAAAGAUAUCUGGUUUACAAGCCUUCCACAGAAUAGGCUCACCAAUAGGACUCCACCCAGCUAAUGAUUCUCAGUUUUAUCUGUAUUUUGAAGAUAAUAAUCUAAAGAAUCAAAAGAUAGUACUAAAUGAGGAGGAGUUCACAGAAUAUAAAUGGCUGUCUCCAGAUGAAGCAUUGACCCUUUAUGAGCAAUAGAAGAUUCCUCUAUUUCCACCACAGGUAGUAUUGAUAUCGAUGCUCUUAUUUUUAUCUCCCAGCUACUAAAAGUUAUAAUAGAUUGCGAGCUAAUUGAAUACCAAUCUACUCAACUACCAAACUAAUAAAAUGCAUUACAUGGCUUUAGCAGAGAUUAAGGAUGAAGAUGAGCUUCGCAAAUUAGUAAAGAAAAUAUUUGAUAAGACUGAUUUAAUGAGUGAUUAGUAGAGAACAGAUCUCUAUGUUUACAAUAAUUAGCCAUAUAUAGAUAAACAUGAAGAGCUAAAAUCCUUGGGGAAGGAGAAAACAUAUGAUUAACUAGUUGAGCUUACCAAGCAUGUUGCUGUUGGACUUUGGUAUGGGGAUCAUUAUUCUACUUGCGAUAAUUACGGGUUUAAUACUGAUAGAAGGAUUAGAAGAAGAUCUUGGACUCAUAAAUAAACUGUGAUUAGAAUUGAGAUAUCUGACUAAUUAAUGGAUGAUAGUAUUACAAUGCCUAAGUUAUGA